UGGGGAAAGGAAGAAGAGCGCAUGCGCGAUGUCAAGUUAGGAAGUGAAGAUUAUUUCCCUAAGGAAACGAGGGAUCUUUAGCUUCAACUUGGCUUAAUUUCGCGGCACUUCCAAUGAGAUUUAAAACAAACUGCAUUACAAAUUGAACGGUAGUUAAAGGAGAUGGAAUUCUUGGCGGGAUCUUUAGAGCGGGCGGGAUACCUCUUUUAUCUAGUGGAUCCUCGCAAACACAACUACGAGAAAAUUGAAGAUGUUAAAGAUUAUUAUAAGGAGGUUGCUCCCGUUUUCUUCGUCACAGUGCUUCUUGAACAAGUCAUACGAUAUUUGCAAAAGAAACCACUUUUAAGAGUCAACGAGACUAUGUCAAAUGUUCUGCAUGGACUUCUCACAGAUUUAGCUAAAAUUCCGUUUAGAGGGGUCGAAGUUUUUGUGUAUACAUGGAUUUAUAAGAACUAUAGAUUGAUAGAGUUUCCUUGGAAUUCCCCAUGGACUUGGCUUUUGACCUAUCUUUUCACGGAGUUUUGCUUCUAUUGGAUGCAUCGAUUAACUCACCACGUCAAUAUACUGUGGGCCAUACACGAAACCCAUCACUCACCAGAAGAUAUGAUGCUUUCAUCACCCUUGAAAAAUCAUAUUCUACUCAUUCCCACGCAUUGGUUCACGUAUCUUCCUCUUGCUUUAGCAAUUCCACCAACAACUUAUUUUGUACACUAUCAGUUGACUAUCAUUUAUCAGUUCUGGAUUCAUACAGAAGUCGUUGCCAAAUUACCAGCACCUAUAGAAUUCUUUCUUAAUACACCGAGUCAUCACCGAGCGCAUCAUGGUCGGAAUCGACGUUACAUAGACAAAAACUUCGGUGGCUCUCUUAUUAUAUGGGAUCGCAUAUUUGGCACGUUCGAAGCCGAAGAUUCAAUAGAGAAACCUCUGUAUGGUUGUACUACUCAGAUGAAAUCUUUCAAUCCUUUGAUUGUACAGACAAGACAGUUUCAAAACAUAUGGAAAAGAUUUUGUGAAAUGGAGAAAUGGAGUGAUAAACUCUCUACUAUAUUUAAAGGACCAGGAUGGUCUCCAGGCAUGCCAUGGACAGGAAAUUUGGAAUCCGUACCACACCCUACUCCUCACUUUGAAAAGUAUGAUCCACAACUACCAAAACUGAUGAAAUAUUACUCAAUGGUUCAUUUUGGAGUUUUAGUAAACACCUAUUUAUUUCUUGCAGUGAAUAUGACAUUUUUCUCCAUGACAACUGUUAACAUAAUAGCAGCCUUUAUAAGUUAUUCCUGCAUUUCCUUGGGAUUCAUACUUGAUAAUAGCAAAUAUGGAAAAAUUUUAGACUUCCUAAGAUGUUUCAUGUUCUUCUUGGUUGACAGAAUAAUAUAUCAGGAAUUCAAGACAUUCGGAUUUGCUAUGUUACACUUAUAUUGCAGUCGAAUUAUUUUCAAUCUGUCCAUAGCGAUGUGGAUCUCUUUGUAUCUGGUUGAUUGUCUACGGAAGGUUUACAAAGAAAUUUUAUUAAAAAAAAAGUCUAUACUUUUGCAAGUCCAAUUGUAAAUACUACCCGUAACAUGGUUGUAUUAUAAAGUCACGUUUAUUGCAGUUGUUUAUUUUUUACACAAAUUAUAUUUAUUGUAUUUUCUGCAUGUAAGUAUUUUAUCGAAUAAAAAUGUUAACAAAUUUAAUCAUUCUACGUUAUAAACGAGGUUAUAAACUGUUGCCAAUUAAAUCUAUAGUAACUAUUAAUAAUUAUUAAAUGAUUAAUUUAUUAAUU